UGAUAUGUUCUUUUGUUUAUUGGGUUUGUUGAGCGUUCUUACUUUCACGUUCGCUUUGUUUGUUUGUUUGGGAACUAAAAAAUGGAGGCACAGUUACUUUGCUUGAGGUUCUCAUCACUUCCACCAUUGCUCUCCACUACCCCAAUCUUACCAAAGCUUUGGACAUCUCCUUCCUCCCACCGCUGUUCAUCUGGUCUUGUUUUACGGAGGAGUUUGAGCAAAGAAGAGCCGCUUAUUGAUGGGCUCCCUAAAGAGUAUUACGAUGAUGAAUGGCAAGCUCGUCAAAGAGAGAAGACGAAGGAGUUACAUCGAAGGCGUCAAGAGGAAGAUGAAGAAGAGGACAGAAAGGUAGAAGAAUAUCGUGAAAUUGGAAUGCGUCUGAAAGAAUUUCCAGAAGAAGAUGUCAGAAAAGCUCGAAAACUGGUUUCAAGCUUUAUUAGAGCCGCUGAAGAAGUUGAAGAGAAAAUUGAGGAAGCUGCCGAGAAAGGGGAACUAACGGAGCUUGUUCUAUUAGUCAUAUGGAAUCGGCUUGAUUUAGCACGCUGUGAUGAUGAAAAGGAUGCAGUUAGAAGUCUUGAUCUGCUAUAUCGAAGGGUUGAGACUGAAAUUCUCAAACGAGAGGCAACUCCUGCCAUGAGACUCCUCAAUGAACUUCUGAAUAUGUAUGACGGCUUUGACAAUGAAGGAUGGUUAAAGGCCUGCAGAAAAUGCAUGGUCGAUACCUUUCCGCGAGAGGAUCCAUUUAGCAUUCUUGUUCCAGCUGGAUUCGACAUUGAUAAGCAUCAAGGACCGUUACGGCCAUCUCUUGCAGUUGAAUCUGAUAAUACGCUUUUGAGAGUAGACUUUGUUAGAGAGGUUGAUGAAUUACUACAGGAAGUUGGAGCAGUUCAGAGUGACGUGCAAAAUGGAAAUGCAGAUAGUUUUGAUGCGGAAUCUGUGGCAAGUAGGUUGAAACAACAGGAGAAACAACGUACAAUAAGGUUGGUAGAAGCGCUUCUAGAUUUGGCUAUGAAUCUGAAGUGGUAGGAUAGCAAUGAGAAAUGAUAUGGGCUGGACGUACGAUAUUAUUGGUAGUGGGAAAAGAGAAGACAUUGGAUUUUUUUUCAUUCUUUUGUACAAUUAUAGGAUAGGACAUGCCAAUCACAGUUAAGUUAGGUUAGUUUUGGUUAAGAAUUUUAGAUUAUUAGUAUUCUAGUAUCCACUACCAAUUUAGGUUUUUAAGAAUGUCUUCAACCACGUUUCAAGAAAAAUAAAUAAUUAAAAAAGAAUGUCUUCAA